UUGGCGCUUCGAGCACGUAUCCGCGGAUACACCGGAAUAAAAAAAUAAAAAACACUCUGAAACUCAAACAAUCCAACACACAGCUGUGCCGCGCAAUAAGAUACAAAGACACUCGAAUUCUGUUCGAUUUUAGCGGAAGAUGGAUGGGCUGCAAAGUGCUUGCAUCGAUGCUGGCGUUGAUGGACAGUCAUAAAUUCGGCGUGAAAUUCGCGCAGAUACUUAGAUACUUGGCCAUCCCGCAGAUACUUAUCGCUAUCCGUGACAAAUUGCGCGAGUGCGUGUGUUUUUGUGAUACCCAAAAGCCGUCCAAAUCCGUCGCUUAGCCCUUUGCGGCCAAUUACCCCUUAGGACCAUCCAAAACAUUCACCUGCAGGUAGAACGCCAGAGUCUAGCCAAUUUGCCAGCAGGAUGCCAUCGGAUUAACUCUCCAGAUAUCCGGCUGGUUGCGACAAUUUUACCUUUGCUAUUGUCCACUGCAAUUUCCGCAUUCAACACAAGUGAAAUUCGUAGUUCAGUGCAGUGAAUAUCAGAAAAAGAACUCACUUCAACGGAGGUGAACGCCGUCGGCUAACUGAAAUAACUCGCAUCCACGACUAGGACCCCUGGCUUCAGAAUGGAUCCCGACUGCUUUGCGAUGUCCUCGUACCAGUUCGUCAACUCGCUGGCCUCCUGUUAUCCGCAGCAGAUGAAUCCGCAGCAGAAUCACCCGGGAGCGGGUAACUCGAGUGCGGGCGCUAGUGGCGGCGGAGCGGGGGGCAGCGGGGGCGUGGUGCCCAGCGGCGGGGCAAACGGGGGCCAGGGCAGUGCGGGGGCGGCCACUCCGGGGGCCAACGACUACUUCCCGGCCGCCGCGGCCUACACGCCCAACCUGUACCCCAACACACCGCAGGCCCACUACGCCAACCAGGCGGCCUACGGCGGACAGGGAAACCCCGAUAUGGUGGACUACACACAGCUGCAGCCGCAGCGCUUGCUCCUGCAGCAGCAGCAGCAACAGCAACAGCAGCAGCAACACGCCCAUGCGGCGGCAGCAGUUGCAGCCCAGCAGCAGCAGCAACUCGCCCAGCAGCAACACCCGCAACAGCAGCAACAGCAGCAGCAGGCGAACAUCAGUUGCAAGUACGCCAACGAUCCUGUGACGCCGGGUGGCAGUGGGGGAGGGGGUGUUCCCGGCAGCAGCAACAACAACAACAACAGCUCCAACAGCAACAACAACAACAACAGCCAGUCACUGGCCAGUCCACAGGACCUGUCCACCAGGGACAUAUCGCCCAAGCUGUCGCCCAGUUCGGUGGUGGAGAGCGUGGCCCGGUCGCUGAACAAGGGCGUCCUGGGCGGCAGUCUGGCGGCCGCCGCCGCCGCCGCUAGCUUGAACAACAACCACAGCGGAUCCGGAGUGCCCGGCGGUCCUGGGAACGUCAAUGUCCCCAUGCACAGUCCGGGGGGCGGGGACUCGGACUCCGAGAGCGACAGCGGCAACGAGGCGGGCAGCAGCCAGAACAGCGGCAACGGCAAGAAGAACCCGCCGCAGAUCUAUCCCUGGAUGAAGCGAGUGCAUCUCGGAACGAGUACUGUGAAUGCCAAUGGCGAGACGAAACGACAACGGACCUCAUACACCCGCUACCAGACGCUGGAGCUGGAGAAGGAGUUCCACUUCAACCGCUACCUGACCCGCCGCCGCAGGAUCGAGAUCGCGCACGCCCUGUGCCUCACGGAGCGGCAGAUCAAGAUCUGGUUCCAGAACCGGCGCAUGAAGUGGAAGAAGGAGCACAAGAUGGCCUCGAUGAACAUCGUGCCCUACCACAUGGGUCCCUACGGCCACCCGUACCACCAGUUCGAUAUCCAUCCGUCGCAGUUCGCGCACCUGAGCGCAUAGGACGCGUGGCACUUUUCGGGUACUGGUUAGAGACUCAAUCAGUUGUAUCAGGAACCAUAUCAGACGGCGGCGGCGGCCUCGGCGGCCAGUGGCUAUCAGUCGCAGGACGGUGGCUCA